AUAUGAUCCGUGCUAAAUGGCCCCUGUCAAGAUUUCAAGAUGCGAUUCUGACUAAAUUCUGCUUUAAGUUACUUUAGGUCUAGCCGAUUGUGGGCAUGGUCAGAUCAUCUGUGCUCUCGCACAUUGUAGACCCUAGAAGAAAGAGUGUGAGAGAGACAGUUCUUUCACUGAACGCGAGACACAAUACUCCCGUUGUUGGCCCUGCUUUUCGUGAUAGAACGCUACGUGGUUUUUCCGCGUCAAAUAUUGGCGCAUGAUGAGUAGCAGCGCUAACCACAGGGUAAAAGCCUUGGCACGGCGGAACGCUCGACGAUCCGGACCGUUAGGUCCUCUGCGAAUGGUUGGGCAACGCGAGCGCCAUGCAGGACACUUCAAUCCCUUUGCCAUCUAUCGUUGGGAUGCGCCUCGAAGGGCCGUGGAAUCAAACCCAGAUCUGGAAGCUGGUCGGAGAGCAGGCGAGGCAGACUCACCCCUGGAAAUCGACUGGACUGACUUGCCUCCGUUGCAGCAGGCAAGCUCAGCGCCGGCUGAGCUGGAGACAAGGGCUUCUCAUGGAGGAACUGGGGACCGGCGGCGCAUCUCGUUCAACGACAGGAGUCACUCGGCUGCGGUUCUCAACAAUCUGACGGUUCGCAACCGAAAGCCCGCAAGUAUAGAACGCGGCUCUGCAAUUGAGUCCUUUCUCUAUAAGAGACCCACUCGCUUCACAGUCACGAAUCAGGUCCUAAGGACGUUCUUCAGCUCUUGGGUCAACGUAUUGCUACCAUGUGUGCCAGCCGGUAUAAUACUACAUGCGAAACUAGGGGAUUCCGUAGCAACCUUCAUCAUCAACUUCAUCGCAAUCUUUCCAUUGAGUUUCAUGUGCGAGAUGGCACUAGACGAGAUCAGUCUGAGGGUUGGUGAUUUGAUAAUGGGUCUCCUCUACGUAAGCACAAGUAACUUCGUCCAGCUGGUUGGAUCUAUAAUCUUAAUACAGGCACGAGAAACUGUGCUUCUUCAGACAUCAUUGGUCGGAAGUCUCCUUGCGAACCUGCUGCUGAUUCUGGGGCUGAGUAUCUAUGCAGGCAGUCACCAGCGAGAACAUCAGUACUUCAAUUUGGGGGUGGCACACACGAGCGCAAACCUUCUUUCGUUGGCAGCAACCAGCUUGCUUAUACCGACGGCAUCAAAACUUCUCGAUCAGAUGGCGCCUGAUAAGAUACCCAAGCAAUCACGUGGUGCCUCUUUCAUACUGAUAUGGGUAUAUGCUUGCUAUAUGUACUAUCAAUUCAGAUCGCACACGGCGACCUUUAGGGAGGAGACACAGAAAUCAGAGAAAUGGGCGCAAAGGACCAGAGAACGAGGCAUUGCUGCAGCGAUACAGACUGGGACAGUGAUCGCCACGGCUCCUAUAGCGCAUGCCAUGUUGCGUGACGAGGAUAUCGUGAGGCAUACCGUUGGUGAGUCAGAAGACGACACGUCCACUACGAGAACACCGAACCUCCAUCUAGGAGUGGCAGUCGCGACAUUCAUCAUUUCUGCGGGCCUUUCAGCCCUCUGCGUUGAUUAUACCGUCAAUAGCAUCAACGCGCUGAGUACUGGUGCCAAACUAUCGCAGACUUUUAUUGGCCUCGUUCUGCUGCCAAUUCCAAAUUGUGAUCUUGCGCCAAUAUCACAUGCCAUCGAGGAUAGACUGGAUAACGCCAUGAACUUUACGAUCGGGAAAUGCUUACAGACAGCUCUAUUCAUCACACCGCUAGUAGUGCUAAUAGCUUGGGGCAUGGGAGUAGAUGGCAUGACUUUGGUAUUCGACGGCUUCGAAGUCGUCAGUCUCUUCGCCGCGAUUCUUUUGCUCAAUUUCCUUCUGAUAGAAGGAAAAGUCAGUUGGAUUCAAGGCAUGCUAUUGCUUAGCGAUUGGGGUUUAGUAGCUAUUGCUGCCUUCUUCAGUGAAUAGUCUUCUCGCUCAUCAAGUCGACCGAAACGCUGGCAUUCGGCCGAGAAGGUAGGAUCUGCUUCAGGGGACCGAUGAAGACCGUGGGAAAGCCAUGACGAUCUCGUCAAAGGUGCCUCAUUAUGGUUAAC